AUGGCCUCGGUGGGUCUCCAGCUCCUUGCUUUCAUCCUGGCCUUAUCUGGGGUCUCUGGAGUCCUCACUGCCACUCUGCUGCCCACCUGGAAGGUUACUGCAGCUCUAGGCUCCAGCAUUGUAACUACGAUUGUACAGGUGCACGGGCUGUGGAUGGACUGCACGUGGUACAGCACUGGGAUGUUCAGCUGUAUUCUGAAAUACUCCAUCCUGUCUCUACCCAUCCAUGUGCAGACCGCCAGGGUUGCCAUGGUCCUGGCCUGUGUUCUGUCUGCUCUGGGGAUUUGUACUUCUGUAGUAGGAAUGGAAUGCACCCACUUAGGAGGCGACACACACACCAAGAGUCAAACUGCUUUUGCUGGAGGAGUCUGCUUCAUGACUGCAGGGAUCUCUAGCUUAAUCCCAACAGUGUGGUACACCAAGGAAAUCAUAGACAACUUUCUAGAUCUGACCGUGCCAAAAAGCAACAAAUAUGAACCUGGAGGAGCCGUCUACAUCGGGUUUAUUUCGGCAAUGCUACUGCUUAUCUCUGGAGUUAUUUUCUGCGCUUCUUACAUAAAAAAGAACCCGGAACCAUGGAUCUACCAUCCCAAGCAGCAACAUACUUCUACCUGGCAGCCAGAGAAGAGGUUAGCAUACAACCUGAAGAAUUACGUGUAAAGAGCUGUG